AGGUAAUCAUUUUUUUAUCGUGUUUACAAGCACGUUCUUAUCGAUACAAAACUCUGUAAAUUAGAGGUAAAAAUUCGUACAGAAUUUUAAUUCCUGAAGCCCUCUAUUACUUAAAGGCUCUUGAACCUUUUUACGAGUGUCUUCUGUGAAAAACUCUAGUUUCAGUCUGAGGAACUUAAGAGGUCUGUAUUUUCCUACAUAUGGCUCUGUAGUUCUAAGCUGGAUUCACUGUUGGAAAAGAAAGAGACAUAUCUGUCCCUUUUGGAGUCAGUUCUCGAACAGAAAUCUCUCUGGCGAUGGCGCAGUCCGCGGUAUUACCUCGGCCUCACUGCGCUUGGAGUCUGUGUUCCUUUGUUCUUGGGACUAAUGCGGAAACUCGCUAAUCAAGCAGCUUUUCCCCAGUAACAGGAUGAGGUCUUGCUUCCUAAUCCUGGAGACUCGUCUCAUUUAAUCUCCAUCCCUAAAGACGACGGGGCGGUCUGUGCAGGAAACACUCUCGAGAGUGGAAAAACAGCAGACUCCUCCUCCCAUGAGAUGUGUCAGGAGGCUGGCUGUUCAGGAAACACUCUCGAGAGUGGAAAAACAGCAGACUCCUUCUCCCAUGAGUGGUAUCAGGAGGCUGGCUGUUCAGGAAACACUCUCGAGAGUGGAAAAACAGCAGACUUCUUCUCCCAUGAGUGGUAUCAGGAGGCUGGCUGUUCAGGAAACACUCUCGAGAGUGGAAAAACAGCAGACUUCUUCUCCCAUGAGUGGUGUCAGGAGGCUGGCUGUUCAGGAAAAACUCUCGAGAGUGGAAAAACAGCAGACUCCUCCUCCCAUGAGUGGUGUCAGGAGGCUGGCUGUUCAGGAAAAACUCUCGAGAGUGGAAAAACAGCAGACUCCUCCUCCCAUGAGAGGUGUCAGGAGGCUGGCUGUUCAGGAAACGCUCUCGAGAGUGGAAAAACAGCAGACUCCUCCUCCCAUGAGAGGUGUCAGGAGGCUGGCUGUGCAGGAAACGCUCUAGAGAGUGGAAAAACAGCAGACUCCUCCUCCCAUGAGAGGUGUCAGGAGGCUGGCUGUGCAGGAAACGCUCUAGAGAGUGGAAAAACAGCAGACUCCUCCUCCCAUGAGAGGUGUCAGGAGGCUGGCUGUGCAGGAAACGCUCUAGAGAGUGGAAAAACAGCAGACUCCUCCUCCCAUGAGAGGUGUCAGGAGGCUGGCUGUGUAGGAAACGCUCUAGAGAGUGGAAAAACAGCAGACUCCUCCUCCCAUGAGAGGUGUCAGGAGGCUGGCUGUGUAGGAAACGCUCUAGAGAGUGGAAAAACAGCAGACUCCUCCUCCCAUGAGAGGUGUCAGGAGGCUGGCUGUUCAGGAAACACUCUCGAGAGUGGAAAAACAGCAGACUCCUCCUCCCAUGAGAGGUGUCAGGAGGCUGGCUGUUCAGGAAACACUCUCGAGAGUGGAAAAACAGCAGACUCCUCCUCCCAUGAGAGGUGUCAGGAGGCUGGCUGUUCUGGAAACACUCUCGAGAGUGGAAAAACAGCAGACUCCUCCUCCCAUGAGAGGUGUCAGGAGGCUGGAUGUUCAGGAAACACUCCCGAAUGUGAAACAGAGGAAUGCGGCGCCAAUGAGAGGGGUCAGGAGGCUGGUCAAUCACUUGAUGCUUUAUCAGAUGGAAGCGCGAUCUUGCCAGACUCUAACCCAUAGGGACAAUACAGUGGAUCUGUUUACCUUCCCUCGACUUAGGUUUCAU